AUGCCUCGGGAGAGGCAAAAACGAGGCCGGAGGGCGGAGGCCAAACGAAAGCGUGGCGAUGAAGCUGGAGAUCACAAAUCGCCGAAACGACAGAAAGCCUCGGACGGUUACAACGACUCCAAUCCUCCGUAUAGCCAAGCAAAAAUUGGAGAUGACUAUAUCCCACUCGAGGAGGGGCCAGCGAGCUCCAUGGAUGCGCCCUUCUACGGCCUACUCGACGCAGAAGAACAGGAAUAUUUCUCUCGCGCAGGUGGGCUCCUUGAACUUAAUCAGUUCGAGACAGAGGAAGAGAAAGAUAUCUUCAUAGAACGAGUUUAUGAAGAAGCCGACGGGAAGGAGUUGAAAAUCGCCUGCAGCCAGUCAUGUUCGAGGUUAAUGGAAAGAUUAAUUUCAGCCUCUACUGAUCUGUUCUUGACAGCAAUUUCCGAACUAGAAGGAAACUGGGGCUAUUUGCUGACAGAUAGGUUCGCAUCGCAUACGAUAAGAGUGCUUCUGUUGAUACUGGCCGGCGAGCAACUAGACAGUCCGUCUAAAUCAACCGUCAUCGCGAGCCGCAAAAAGGAGAACUUAGAUAAAGCGAAAGUGGUCACUCAACCAGAUAGAUCAGGGCGAGAAAGGCGAGCUGUUCCACCCUCAUUCAAUGCUGCCUUGGAGAAAAUGGUGAAGGAUUUGAUUGCUGGCCUCGAUAAUACAUAUCUACGGGCACUGGCGACGCACCCUGUUGGAAAUCCUGUGCUGCAAGUGUUGCUCUCAAUCGAGCUAACCCAUCUUGGAAAGUCAAAAGCAAAGGAUCCCGACUCGAUUUUUCGGAGGCUUGUGCCGGAUGAGAAUCUGGAGGAAGGUAGUGAGAGUGCAGGGUUCAUAAAGGGCCUCUUUUAUGACCCCGUUGGUUCGCGGUUAUUGGAAACAAUCGUGCUACACGCUCCAGGAAAAUUUUUCAAGACUUUCUACAAAGCCAUUGUGCUGGAGCGCAUUGGAUCGCUAUCUAGGAACGAAAUUGCAGGACAUGUAGUAGCUCGGAUUUUGGAAAGAUUGAGUAAAGAAGAUCUGAAGAGCGCCAUGGACUUGAUUUUGCCAGAAGUUCCAUCUUUAGCGGAACGUUCAAGGCUGACUGUCAUUAAAGUCCUGAUUGAACGAAGUGUUGUCCGUGGUGUAGAUCUAGCUCCACUCGCGGACACACUUUUGUCAUCCUAUGGCACAGAUCCCGCUUCAAGGAUCAACAACAUCCUGAAAUUGCAAUACACUAAGGAAGAAAAUGAUAGCGCUAAUCGACCUUCCAAAGGCUCUUCUCCAGAGCAAUUACAUGGUUCUCUUCUUGCCCAAGCUAUGCUUAAGUCUCCCGGCCCUCUGAGCGAACUGAUACAGGCGAGCCUUAUUGCAAUUACACCAGAGAGCUUAAUGGCAAUUGCUAAGGACCCGAUUGCUUCCCAUGUCCUUCAGGACGCAUUGACUCUUCCAACCUCUACUGCUCGGUUUCGCCGUCAAAUAACCUCAAGAUUUUCAGGAAAGAUGGCUGAACUCGCUUUGGAUUCGAGCGGAUCGCAUGUUGCUGAUGCGCUGUGGUCGGCCACGGAGGAUUUAGUUUUUGUUAAGCAGCGGUUUGCUGAGGAACUGUUGGCAAACGAACAAGCUCUUCGAGACUCUUUUGUCGGACGAGCUGUGUGGAGGAAUUGGUCAAUGGAUUUGUAUAAGCGGAGAAGAGGCAACUGGAUUUCAAUGGCUAAAGGGCGGGAACACAGCGCUAAGGUGGAACUGAGUAAACCCGAUCAUCAACAAUGCCCGAAAUCAAAUAUCGACCAGGCGAGAGCUCGAUUUGCUGCAAAGGCAGACGGAUCAAAAGCAUCAGCAAACAGCAGCAUGAGAAAGGUGUCUGCUUCCACAGCCUGA